GGCUCCCUCCCCUGAACAGCUAGCUGCCGCCAAGGGAGGAAGCGGCGCGGGAGCUGUCCAGCACCCUGGUGCUGAAACCCCGACCGCUCGUCAUCCACCAACACCAUGUAAGGGCCAUGAAAAGGGCUCGUCCUGGCGCAGCGCGGACAUGGAGGAGGACUUAUUCCAGCUAAGGCAGCUGCCGGUGGUGAAAUUCCGUCGCACGGGCGAGAGUGCAAGGUCAGAGGAUGACGCGGCUUCGGGAGAGCAUGAGGUCCAGAUUGAAGGGGUCCGCGUGGGCCUAGAGGCCGUCGAGCUGGACGAUGGGGCCGCUGUGCCCAAGGAGUUUGCUAAUCCCACUGACGAUACUUUCAUGGUGGAAGAUGCAGUGGAAGCCAUUGGGUUUGGAAAAUUUCAAUGGAAGCUGUCUGUUCUCACCGGCUUGGCUUGGAUGGCCGAUGCCAUGGAAAUGAUGAUCCUGAGCAUCCUUGCACCACAGCUACACUGUGAAUGGCGACUCCCCAGCUGGCAGGUUGCGUUACUGACCUCGGUAGUCUUUGUCGGCAUGAUGUCCAGCUCCACGCUCUGGGGAAACAUCUCAGACCAGUACGGCAGGAAAACAGGGCUGAAGAUCAGCGUGCUCUGGACUCUGUACUAUGGCAUCCUCAGUGCUUUCGCACCCGUGUACAGCUGGAUCCUGGUGCUCCGGGGCCUGGUGGGCUUCGGGAUUGGAGGGGUCCCCCAGUCGGUGACGCUGUACGCUGAGUUCCUUCCCAUGAAGGCCAGAGCUAAGUGUAUUUUGCUGAUUGAGGUCUUCUGGGCCAUCGGGACAGUGUUCGAGGUCAUCCUGGCUGUGUUUGUGAUGCCCAGCCUGGGCUGGCGCUGGCUACUCAUCCUCUCGGCUGUCCCCUUGCUCCUCUUUGCGGUCCUGUGUUUUUGGCUGCCGGAGAGCGCAAGGUACGAUGUGCUGUCUGGGAAUCAGGAAAAGGCCAUUGCCACAUUAAAGAGGAUAGCAACCGAAAACGGAGCCCCCAUGCCGCUGGGGAAACUCAUCAUCUCUAGACAGGAAGACCGAGGCAGAAUGAGGGACCUUUUCACACCCCAUUUUAGAUGGACAACCUUGUUGCUGUGGUUUAUAUGGUUUUCCAAUGCGUUUUCUUACUAUGGAUUAGUUCUGCUCACCACUGAGCUCUUUCAGGCAGGAGAUGUGUGCAGCAUCUCUAGCCAGAAGAAGGCAGUAGAAGCAAAAUGCAGCCUGGCCUGUGAGUACCUGAGUGAGGAGGAUUACAUGGACCUGCUGUGGACUACGCUCUCUGAGUUCCCAGGUGUCCUUGUGACUCUAUGGAUUAUUGAUCGCCUGGGCCGCAAGAAGACCAUGGCCCUGUGCUUCAUCAUCUUCUCCCUCUGCAGCCUCCUGCUGUUCAUUUGUGUUGGAAGAAACAUGCUCACUCUGUUACUCUUCAUUGCAAGAGCAUUUAUUUCUGGAGGCUUCCAGGCAGCCUAUGUUUACACA